AAUAUCGUCAGACAGUUUACUUCACGAGAGAUAAAUAUUGUAAGCGUCAUUUAAUAUAGGAAUUGGGAAUUGUUUAAUCCUGCGAUUUUUAAUAAUAUUCAAUCUGUCAUAUUUAAAGUAAAAGACGCUUUUUAAGCAAUUCCAGUCCGUCAAAAAUACGAGAAAGAAAAUACAAAAGAGAAAUUUGCUUCGAAGACCCAGUGGUUAAGGUGAACAGUAAAGUAAUAAAAAUGGCGCCUACCUGCAUUUUAUUUUAUAAAAAUAACUAAAUAUCUGCUGUAGGGAGCUAAGCGCAAUACUGGCUGGGAGGCUUUGAACAAAUAACCAUAAUAAACUUACUACGCAUAACCUCGAAAUUCUUUAUGUCCAGUAUGAAUGAUGACAAGACCUGUAGCGGCGAAGACGCUGACGCCAUUGUCGUUGCAACAGGCAGACAAAUGAAGCCUGACUCCACUGAUAUAUCAAAGAUACCCUCACCUGAUUUAAAAGAUGCCAGUGAUGCGCCACGUAUUAUAGGCAACCAAUUGUUAGUUCGACCACCUACCACAAAUUCCGUGGAACAUUUAGACGACUUGCUUUCGUUGGAACAAGAAAUUGCUAAAAUGCAUAAUGUAGACGAACAUUUGGAAGAAAGUGCACAUUGUAAUGUUGUCGCCACUAAAAAUGCUAGUGGAAAUGAUAGUGGCAACAAAGCUGCUUCUACACAUUCUACUGAUGGAAAAACGUCAAGUAAUGCUAUUAAGGAUUCGACUGAAAAAUCAGAAAUUAACUAUGAAGUUAAGAUGGAUGCAAUAGCUAUGGGCGAAACUGCAUUAGAGCAUGAAGACCUAAUAGCAGUACUUAAGGGUCUUGAUGGCCACAAUGACGGUGGCGAUGUAGAAAUGGAAUUGGAAGGAGUUACUAUAGAGGGUGAAGGUGAAUAUCAAAUAAUGGAAGUAAUUGACGAUGAUUACAGCACGCCAGAACCUGAGCCCCUACCCAUGUUAAAUGCUAAAAGUAGCGUCAGUGGUGCAAAGAAGUCUUUUGGGGCAGCCGUUCUUUCUACUGAAGAGGAACGUGCGGUUGCGUUGGAACAAAUGGAGGGUCUAAAAGUAAAACAGAAGCCACGGCGACGCAAACAGGAUAUUAAGCCUAUUCAACAAGUAGACCCCGUAUUGGAUUUGGUCUCAUCUCUUGAAGCUGAAUGGACAGACAAUGACGAUGAUGGGAACUCCUCGUCGAACACAACAAAAAAAGAUGCUCCCGUGCCAGUACAAUUAGUGGAAGCGAAAACAAAUGUGCCACAAAUAACAAGCGUUGUUGUUAUCCCACCUAAUACAAAACAAAGUGGUGAAUGUUUUGUUUUAAGUUCUUCAGGCGCUGAUAGCAAUAGCAAUGCUUCAUUUAAAGAGGAGGAAUCUAAGGACGUUGUGACGAAGGUAUCGCCCCUGGAAGGUGUUACUAUCACCAAAACGGAUGAAGACUCACAUGUUAUGAGUUCGCAUUCAGGAUUCCGACGAACGCGUAUAAUAAAACGAAAAAUUAUUUGGGAUCCGGAUGCACCAGAAACUACUUUCUCUUACGCAAAAUUAGUUAGCAGCAGUAAAACCAAGAUUAAAACAGAACCCUCAAUACCAUCCACAACUAUAACAAAAGGCUCUACAACGAUAAGACCUAUAAAACGAGAAGCCCCUACAAGUGCCGUGAAAAAAACACAACCUAGACCCAUAACGCCAAAAGAAAAAAAAACGGAGGCAGUUGCAACAAAUCAUCCUUUGGCUAAAACAUCUUUGGCAAAUCAAAAGCAACCACAAGAGAUAAAUAAUAAGACUACUAAAAAGGACGAUGAAUCGGAGACCAAAUUAUUGUCAGACUCUGCAUCGUCCUCUUCCAGUCCAAUUACAGACAAUUCACCCACGAAUAAGAGGCGCUCCGGAACGCCUGUAAGCAAUGGACCCGGAGGGGCCAAGAAAAAGAAAGUUAGUGAAAUCGAUCGUUUAAUGGGAGAUGAGGGUGCAGUAAAUAUGCUUAAUUCGUUGGAAAAAUUAGGAGCAACUGAAACUAAAUCAGCCCGACCGAUGAUGAGAAGUAGAGCCGCCACAAUAUGUGAAAAGCCACCGCGCAAGGAAACUUCAUCACCUGUGAAAAUAUCCCCACCUGCAAUAAGUUCGCAAACUCCGAAAAGUGGUAAGCGUUCUGGAAAGCCACGUGCUUCGUCUAGUUGGGAUUAUGUGUACAAACAAAAACAACAAAAUAUUGACGAUUCUAUGAUUAUUCGUCGACGUUCAAAUAGCUCAUACUCUUCAAAUGCUUCUUUAAACCGCCUAAGCUUAGAUGGUGUUACAACGCCAAAUGGUGCUAACACUUCAGCAAAAUCCAGCGAAUCCAAGUCUGCAACAACGCCAGAGAAUGUGGCAACAAAAUCGUCAUCAAGAGGAACAGAUGAAACACCCACGUCCCAUUUACACGGCAAAGGCGCUGGCGCUGGAUCCAAAAACAGUCCCAAAUCCUUCGAAUUUGCCAAGCCUGAAAACAAGAAAGCUCAACGACGUACAAAAAGCCCUGCUGCUGCUGCUGGUACUCUUGCAAAUGAUUUGAAAAAACCUGCGCCGGUCGCAAAUAAACGUAAUGUACGAAGUCCCAAUAUGUUGACUGACGAAAAGUCUGAUGGUGGAAUGACUCUAAAAAUUCCGCCGUCUGCAUCUGCAACAACAGUUCUUGGCAAGGAUAAAUUGCACACCUCUGAUGUUAUGGUAAAAAAAUCAGCAAAAGUUGCUCAGAUUAUUUUCAACACCAAUAAAGCUAAAUUGAGCUUCACAUUCACAACGCAGAUGCUGAAUAAAUUGUCGGACAUCUUGAACAAGCUAGCCGCCGAUCCUGAUACUCACGUAACUGUCAUUUUAACAAACGAUGCUCAUUUCUGCCAAGGGAUAGAUUUAACCGAAAUAACUGUUGGCUCCACAGACAAGCGUAAGAAUGCUGUGAAACAUUUGACUACCGCCGUUAGAAAUUAUUUAAAAAUAUUGGCGUCAUAUCCAAAACCAUUGAUAGCUGGUGUUAACGGUCAUGUUAUGAAUCUGGGUGUUAUGCAGUUGGCAUUUUUUGACGUAGUCGUGGCUGGUGACAAAUGUACGUAUGAAACACAAUAUAAUAGAAUGGGUCAGCUUCCAGAAGGCUAUGGAGUUUGGAACCAGUUAAACAAAAUACGAGGAUCAUUUAAAACCAAAUUGUUCUGGCUAAGUGAGAAAAUCCAAUCGACUGAAGCAGCACUAGCCGGUUUGGUCAACAAAUUAACUGUAGGCAAUAAAGUCAAUGACGAAGCCAUAAAUGUUGCAAAAAAAAUAGCCUCAUUGUCUCCCGUGUCUUUUCGUUCUAUGAAGAAGACUUUGUCUGAAAGUUAUUUAGAAGUUAUCGACGCCUCUUUUGAUGAAGAAUUCAAUACUAUUGCCGAUCAAUGGACAUCGAACGAGUUUUUGGAUAAUAUUAGAAAAUAUGUAGAACAGGGUCAUUUUUAGUUCAUAGUUGCAAUAUGAAUGUGUUUACAUGGUUUUUUUUUCUUCUUAAAAUAACGUAAGCACUCGACUAAAACAAAUUGCUAAUUACAUAUCGUUUAUGUAUGAAAAUUAUUAUAAUUUUUUACAAUUCCUUUUUAUGUAAGUUUUUAAAUUUUUUUUUGACAAAAUUCAUCGUUAACCAGAAAUCACAACCAAUCUUUUGUGGGGAUAAAAAAUUAGUUUGCAAUGAUUUGAAAUGUGGUGUUUAAUCUAAGCUUGGAUUCAAUUGUUAAAUUUGACGGCCUUAAGUUUUAAGUAUCGAAUGGUAGAUCAUAAACCAAAAUUACACCAUCCCUAUCUUUCAGUGGCAAUUGAGAAAUAUAA